AUGUCUUCGGUGCCGGCGGCUUCCGGUCUGCUGGUUCUAUCCUCAAGCGCCGGGACAAGUGACUCCGAGGCUCAGUCUCCACCCGUGUCCACAGGCUCCCUGGCUGGAAGCUGCCUGGCUGACCGCUGCCUCUGGGAUCGGCUCCAUGCUCAGCCUCGCGUGGGCAGCGUUCCCACCUUCGACUGGUUCUUUGGAUAUGAAGAAGCCCAGGGUCUCCUUCUGCCGCUGUUUCAGGAGGCACCGGCUGCCUGUCCGCUGCGGGUGCUGGAUGUGGGCUGUGGGACCUCCAGCCUGUGCACAGGUCUCUACACCAAGUGCCCCCACCCUGUGGAUGUGCUGGGGGUGGACUUCUCCCCUGUGGCUGUGGCCCAUAUGAACAGCCUCCUAGAGGGUGGUCAAGGCCAGACCCCCCUUUGCCCUGCACACCCGGCUUCCUGCCUCCACUUCAUGCAGGCUGAUGCCCAGAACCUGGGGCCAGUAGCUCCCUCCAGCUCUUUCCAGCUGGUGCUGGACAAGGGCACCUGGGAUGCUGUUGCUCGGGGUUGUCUGCCUGGGGCUUACCAGCUGCUGGCUGAGUGCCUGAGGGUCCUGAGCCCUGGGGGGACCCUUAUUCAGUUUUCAGAUGAGGAUCCUGAUGUGCGGCUACCCUGUUUGGAACAAGGAUCCCAUGGCUGUACUGUGACUGUGCAGGAGCUUGGCCCUUUCAGGGGGUUCACUUAUUUUGCUUACUUGGUUCAAAGCUCUCAUUAAAGACCAAUUAGUCCUCAUCCUAGUGUUUCUGUUGAGGGUUAGAGACGUUUGUGUUUGUGAGUUAGAUGGCUGGAAAGUGAGGAUUUGGUUCCUGGCUUCCACAUUUACUAGGUGGGUAUGUGCAUUACUGAAUAUUUCUGUCUCAGUUUAACCAGAAAACACCCCACUGCUUUCGAGUCGAUUCCGACUCAUAGCGACCCUAUAGGACAGAGUAGAACUGCCUCAUAGAGUUUCCAAGGAGCGCCUGGCAGAUUCGAACUGUCGACCUUUAUGGUUAACAGCCAUAGCACUUAACUGCUAUGCCACCAGGGUUUCCUAAAAGCAGAUAGGAACUCAAUCCAAAUCCCUGCACU